CGCUCAGCAGCUACCGAACAAUAUGAAAUCCAUGAUCAUCGUCGCCCUCGCCCUCGUGGCCGUCGCCGCCGCUAUCCCUGUCGACGAGACCGAGAUUGUCAAUCAAUUCUUCGAUCAGAAGCCUGAUGGCAGUUACGUCUCCGAAUUCGAGACCACCAACGGUAUACAGCGCAAAGAGGAAGGUGUGCUGAAGGAGGCCCUUGACGAAGAAAACAUCCCCCAUAAAUUUGUCGCUGUCAGUGGAGUCAUCUCCUACGUCAACCCUGAUGGUGAAGUUGAAACCAUCAGAUAUGUUGCUGACGAGAACGGAUACCGCGCGGAUGGACCCUCCAUCCCCAAGGUCCCCGCCAGUAGCUAAGCUGCUACUGACUUCUCAUCGAUCUUAACCAUAGCUUUAUUAUUGACAAUAAAUAAUCUGUUGUGCCUAGUGGCUGUUGUCGUUUAAGUUUGCCAGUCAGGCGGGAGCGUCGCGGAGAACCUAACGGCGUCCCUUGUUAUUUAAUUUU